AUGAAGCUACAUGUACUACACGCUUGUGCCUGCGCGCUGACUGCCAUCUCAUCCGCCCACGCUUUCCACAUUCGGCUGGGCGAGAGUCGCACCAUAUGGCAAGCUAAGCAGGAGGCAAGUGCACACUCCCACUCACUCAUCCGUCCUACGCACCCGAACGCUCCAACUGAUUGGCUGCAGCUCGCGUCCAAGAAGCCUCCUCAACUCACCAAGCGAGAUACCGAUCCCGCCCGCCUCUUCUCGGCACACAACCUCUCGGUGCCCAUCGACCACUUCCACAACGAAAGCCAAUAUGAGCCUCACAGCGACGGCACUUUCCCAUUGCGCUAUUGGUUCGACGCAUCUCAUUACAAGCCAGGCGGACCGGUCAUCAUCCUCCAGUCGGGCGAGACGAGUGGAACGGACAGACUUCCAUUUCUUCAGAAAGGUCUGCUUGCCCAAUUGGCCCGCGCGACCAAUGCUAUCGCCGUAGUCUUGGAGCAUCGCUACUACGGAACCUCCUUCCCCGUCCCAGACUUGUCCACGAAGAACUUCAGAUUUCUCACUACCCAGCAAGCGCUCGCAGACGAGGCUUAUUUUGCCCAGAACAUCAAGUUUCCCGGCCUGGACAAGUAUGGCGAUCUCACAAGCAAAACGACUCCCUAUAUCUCAUACGGUGGAUCGUACGCUGGAGCCUUCUCUGCUUUCCUCAGGCUCCAAUACCCGGACAUUUUCUGGGGAUCCAUUUCCAGCUCUGGCGUCACGAAAGCGAUCUACAACUACCCUCAGUACUACGAGGCCAUCGCGAACAGCGCACCGCAGGACUGCGUGAAGGCUCAGCAGACGCUUAUCAACGUCCUGGACAAUAUCUGGAUGGACAAGAAUGAUACUGCUCUGCCCGCUGAGAUCAAGGCGACUUUCGGGUUUGCUAAUCUGACGUGGGACAGUGACUUUGCCGGCCUUCUCGUCGAUGGCAUCGGCAACUGGCAGUCACUGAACUGGGAUCCGGCAGUCUCGUCGCCAGAGGUCUACAACUACUGCGACAACAUCACUUCCACAGAGGUGCUGUACCCACAAACGGAGAGCAAGCGCGCGAACGCGACGGAUAUCGUAGUUGGUGGCGGCUACGAGAACAAGACUUCGCUUGUCAAUCAGAUGUUGAACAUGAUCGGCUACUUCAAUCUCACUCAAGCCUCGCAGUGUUCGGCAACCCAGGAUGAGUGCUUCGGUACGCACAAUGAAACGUACUACGGCCUUACCAGCAUCGAGGAAGCGUCGUACAAAUCAUGGCCGUACCAGUAUUGUACCGAGUGGGGAUUCAUCAUGACUGGCGACACUCCCACGGGCGAACUGCCCCUGGUCUCAAGGGCGUACACCAAUCUCGAAUUCGGUACCGUGAUCUGUCGCGAUGCUUUUGGUAUCUAUGACCCACCGGACGUGAAUGCGGUCAACAAGUAUGGCGGCUACGACAUCUCGUACGAACGACUCGCGAUUGUUGAUGGAGAAUGGGAUCCCUGGAGACCAGCAACUCCUCAUGCGCUUGAGUGAGUUCACCGUUGCCACGUCAGAAUGUGACGAGACUGACGGCGAAUAGGUAUGGUGCCAGAGACCGUCAAAGCACGACCGAUGAACCUUUCAUCUUGAUCCCCGACGCAGUGCAUCACUGGGAUGAAAAUGGUUUGUUUGCGAACGAGACUACGGCAGAUCUUCCACCUCAAAGCAUCAAGGACGUCCAAUGCCAGGAAGUGGAAUUCGUCAAGCAGUGGGUACAAGAGUAUCAUCAAUCGCAGAAGGAGCAGCAUGGUGGAUGGCAUGGAGGCAGUUGGGGUGGAUGGGGCAGUUGGUCUGGGUGGGGACACAAGGCAAGUUGGGGAAGCCGGGGCGGACGAGCGUGAGUUGCAAAUAUCGACAGACUAUUGACAGAGAUUCUGAUACCGAGAUCAGGAAGCCUCCAGCGCAGGAGUUGAGACUUUAGAGUUAUCGCACGAUACAUCUCAUUGAAUCGAGAAUGGUUGAUGAUGUUCUCUCAGCACACUACACCCGGGUACGUUUGCCACAAUGUGCUACUCGCUCAUCAGCUCUGAUAGACGAGACCUUCAUCCGCGCGGCCUUCGUGCACCAUGACCUCUUUGAGGAAGUCUUUGAAUUGCCCACUGCCUUGCAAAGCCUGGACAGUCGAGAGUCGUUCAUCUGGACCAACAUCAUUAUACCCUGUCGCGUUGCUACCCCCUGCGUAUUAUUGUGCACUGUGCAAGUGAGCGAGGACAAAGUUCUGAUGAAGAAGCCGGCCAUCCGACAUCGAGCGAAUGUGGAAUUCGAUCUCGUUGCUGACUCAUUGGACCCGAGGGUUCCCGGUGUUGUUAGAUGCAACUUCGUUCGGUGUCCCAGACCUCAUCAGUACUCGGUCUCGCGCAUCUCCGCCAUGCGCGCUUAAGGUCUGCUGCACGUCUCGGCUCAUGGAAUGAUGUCCGAUGCCGAUGCUUGAAUUCUCUAGCUGUGGUUCUUUCAGCUCCCAAUUGACACCUCGUGCUCUUUGCCUUGACUAAGGGACUUCACGGUUCCAGUCUGAAGGCAGCCGCGGCGAGGCCGAGCUGCUGGGUCUUGCUUCCUCAACCAGAUUGUUGGGCGUAUUGGGAAGUUGCAGUGGCGAGUCAUUUCCCGCUGCUCAUACUUUCCGCGGAGCACAUGAUACCUUAAUGCCCUACGCGUGCCAUUCGACUUGCGCUCAAUCUUGUUGUUGGCAGGCAGGCAGCACCGGGGGCCUCAUUUCGCUCGCAGGCAUCAGCAUCUCAUCAAGCUGGCGAGGCAGAUAGAGAUGGCAAGGAAGUGACGACUUGGGCUUGGCUUUACGAUUGUGUUGCAAGGUCCGGGGGCAUGGCAUGGCGGCGCAAGAUUGACCUGAUGGCAUCGCUUGUGCCCUUGCAGAGGAAUGCCUGCCAUGCACUGCACAGACGAACGCUUUCUCAGCGCAUCCACCGUUGGGGCGUCCACCGCGUUCUCAUCACAGGAAUCAGAUGAUGAAUGCGCUGGCGGAAGAAGCGCUUCCACAUCUCACCGCGCAUCGGGCGAGCGAGCAAUACGGAAGCUGCGCUGCUGACAACAGCGCUUGCAUGAUGAUCGAAUCAUUCGAUUUUCAGCAAUUCGUCCUUCGCCACGACAGUUGAGGCUUUCUCCGCGGUCAGUCUGCGCCACGGGAGCCCGUCAUAUGCUCCGUGCUAUUGGCAUUUUACCAAGGGACGGAUUCCGGUCACCGGGUUGUGGCACGACAGCGGUCAGGCUGGGUUUUGCGCUCAAUUCGGCCGUAUGAAACAAAGUCGCUGUUGAGAAUGACCGAAUCAUUGAAUUCUCGUCUCCAUGCGACUCGCAACCCAACAAGGGUGUCGGCCGCCAAAAGCAUGCCUCGAUUGGCGCAGCGGCUCUUGCGGACAAUCGUAUGCGUCGUACGCCUACGGAGACUGGAGUGUAGUGUAGCGGGAGCGGCGAGCACUUACGCACAUGGCCAUUCCUGAAAGACAAAGAGCGCAUCUGCCCUUCUCCUGUGUCCAUUCAGCACAACCACGUGAUCAGCCGGUUGCCAAUGCGCCGCCAUGGCAGUCGAGAUCUAUUUGAAGCCAAGUCGAGUCGGUCGGCAAAUUAUCUUAUGUCAAGCUGUACGAGCCGGCACGUAGAUCAGCUACGUUUGUGGUUGGUGCGACAAGGAGUCCGCAGUCUGCCGACAACCCUAUUCCGCCCAGACUUCACUUCAUCUUAGCUGUACGCGACAACAACAACAACAUCAUCAACAACGCGAAUGAGAGGCUUCAUUGCUCAAUUUGUUGUUGUUAAGUUACCCACCGCAAACAGCGAACGGGGUAUCCACAAAGUCAAAGGGCAACGCUAACACAGUCUUCAUAUGACCAUCCUGCCUCAUUCUCCUCAUCACCAGCCCCUACGCUUGAGAAGUUACUAGCGAGAGGGCUCUUCGUGCCCAAGAGCACCCUAUAGCCGGCUGGAGGCGGAUGAGGCGGAUGUCUCUAUGAGAGGUAUUCUCAGGGCUUUCCAAAUUUCAACUAUUGCUCGUAUUUGCACAACAGCCAAGGCACUCGGUCGAUUCAUGCCGACAAUUGCAUACACCCUGAAAGAAUCCCAGGAUUAACGUCGUUGUUAUAGAUGAUUGGAUCAAGCAACUCAACAGAACGAGAUCACUAUGCCCAAGGCGCUGGCACCGCGCAUGGGUACGAGGCCCUCAUCCUAGCGACUCCGAGCCACGAAAUGCGUUGCUUGGCAAUCGGAGUAUCGCUGCAUGACUCCCCUCUGGUGUAUACGCUGAACGCUUCACCAGGAUCUUGACCUCCUCAUGACCAGACUCCAAGCUUGAGUGCAUUGUCCGUUGACAACGACGACUUGUCAUGGGACAUGUAGAUUACAGAUGUGGACGUGCCAUGAAUAUGAAAGUUGUAUCAGCACCACCACAGCACCGCCAGGGCCAACACGCCCCGACGAUCUCUUCGAAUUGAGUGAACGUCAUUCCUUGGCCGGCCGGGGAGGAGUGGUAUAAAGAGAGGCUCCGAUUCCUCGAAAGACCAUCCAUUCCAUCACUCAGCAUUACAACAACAGUCUUUCACUUCCAACAGGACUACUCUUCCAACAGAACUACUUCCAACCCACCAUCUUCAUCCAUCAUCAAUCAUCAAAAUGCAAUUCACCAACCUUCUCGCUCUCGUGGCUGCCGCCACCAUGGUCUCUGCCAUCCCCACCGAGCAGGGUGGCUUCCCCCAGGGUGGCGAUUACGGUGACCACUCGAUGGACUCCAAGUGCUCCAACAACAUGAAGGUACUUUCAUCCAAAUCAUCCCACACCACCGUCGCAUGCUCGAAUACGAUUCUAACGCGCUUCUCCAGGCCGUAUGCUGCAACAGCCUGCAACAGGGCGGGUCCGAGGGCGCCGGUGGCCUGAUCGGCAACAUCCCCGUCCUCAACAACGUCCUCAGCGGUAGCUGCGCGCUUACCGUCAGUAAGUACUCCCCGCAAAUUUCCCUUACCAUCGGUACAGUCGAACGCUGACACACGCACUCGCACAGUUGGUGGUAGCUGCCGCCAGGGUUCGAUUGCCUGCUGCAACACCGAGGAGCAGAACGUGAGUUUUCUCCCACCUUCUAUACACAAGAGGCGCCACUGACUCUCUUUUUUUCUUUCUCCUGGAUAGGGUGUCGUCAACGUCGGCACCAUCUGCGCCCCCAUCUCUGCCUAA